AUGUUUGAGCCAACUAACACGUGUCUUUCUGUUAAGGUGUUUUACCUUCCAUGGUUAGUAAACUUUGCAGGCCCAAAUUAUGGUCUCAUACUGGAGUUAGAUAGAAAUGGUUAUAUCACCAGGAGCUUCCAGGACCCAACUGGCAGUGUUGUACCUCGUCAUAUCAGUGAGGUUUAUGAUGAUGGUAACGUGCUCUACCUCGGCUGCUAUCAGUCUUCUUUCCUUGGUAAGCUGGAGUUGAAAGACUGAUGUACAAAGGCUUUACAAAAAUCUCCAAGUGAAAUAUUUACAUUUUUGGAGCUCUACCUGGAUAGCUACUAGUCUCCUUUCCUUGGCAAACUGGAAUUGAAAGAUUGAUCAUGAUGAACGAUUGCAACACAAAAAAUCUUAAAGUGAAAUAUUAAAGAACCCUGACGGAACAUUAUUACAGCCAAUUUUCAUUUUACUACUUUCUAGAUUAAUUUUUAACGCUGUCAGUGCUAUUCCUUUACUAUAUAUCGUCGAAAGAAGCUUUUAACAAUCUUGUGAUAGUCAAAGAACACUGAAGAAGCCGAUUUGUUUUCAAAACUUGAAGUUUAAUAAAAAACAAAUCAGUAUUUGAUUAAAUCUUACAUUACGUAGAUUUAUUUUUAUGGUCCUUUUUGUUUGCUUAGGUCCAGAGUGAAACCGGAUGUCAGUAUUAGUCGAUUUCUUUUACGAGUUACAUGGCUUCCUAUAAUUCUCUCGUCCGUCUUCUUUUAUCAAAAAUUAUGUGAGCCACACCCACACUCAUACACGUGCCCCAGUUUCCGUUUUCAACGAACAGUGACGUUGGAUACAGAGAGGAUAACACAUCCUUAUUCUUGUUCGAAUGUUUUCUUUUCAACUGGCAACUGUAAAUUUCAUGAAUGUCUAUAACAGGAGUUUCUGGUUAUUCGUUCCCAUUGAAUGUAUUUUUGCAUGUUCAUUUCGUGUUCCGAACGUAACAAAUUUCGCCUCACAUAAAUUGUAUAAAGGCGCGUGACUUAUAUCAUAAGAGGAUUUAAUCCAUCCAACAAGACGCUUUACUGCGUUUUCCAGUAAUUAAAAAAAAAAAAAACAGAAAAUGCGCGUACUAUACUAACAACUAUGUCCAGUCGCUUGUCACGCAACUUCAUUGCCCCUGGUUCCCGCUAGAAGCUCCAGUAAGGUACGUUUUAUUACAGCAUGUUGCAAAUAAAAGUUAGUCAACGAUCAAUUCUAGGAGUUCUUUUAGAACUAGCGUCCACGGGGCAUAAAAGUCUGAGGUCGACAUCGGUUGCAGAGAUGUCUGAUAUGUUCUGACCAAUCAGAGAGUAACGUUGCGUUACUUUUUCCUUCACCAUCUUCCACCUUCGGUCCAAGGCCACGUUUCACGGAACUGUAUGCUGCAGGGGAAGAUCUGGUGGUCAGUAUUCAAGAAAUAGAGCAACAUAAAAGAUGUAAGAUUUCAAUUUAUUUGCAGUUUUCAUAAGGGUUAAUUAGUUCAAAACUAGUUGAUUAGCAUUCAGGUACCAUUACCGUUCGAGCGACGGAUUCUAUUUAUCGUGUCGUCUCCUUAUAGGUUAGUUAUUGAUAUUUCACUUUCGAAGGCGCGCAGAACCCAUCCAUUUUUUCGCGGUUUGUAUCAGAAAAAAUGAGAUAUUUUUACAGCUUUUGAGAAGUGAUGGCGAAAGACGCGGAUGGGAAGGGGAAAAUAGCGACAGAAAGCGCCGAGGGUAUGGCAAAUUUGGUUUAGAGGUUGUUCCGGUUUCGUUUUUUAGACUCCACUUUACAGUAACAAGCUAUUACCCUUGGCCAGCCUUUUUCAAACACGAUUAUACUAACCCAAAGUUGCAGUAAAUUUUUGCUUCAGCUUUAUUGUUUUGCAUCCUGUUAAAUCAUUUCUAUUUCGUUUCCUUCUUUCGGUUUUGCCCCAUAGAAUAGGAGCAAUCAGGCUUAUGAUUCAUUUAGUAAAACGUAUGUUCUUGGGUACAAAUUUAAUUUAAUUACUUACAGUUACUUUAAUUUAUUUACAGGGGUGUCACAGGGAUGUUAAUUACCUUGUUUCUACUGAUUCUCAGUGCUCUUGAUGUUCUGUUCUUCUUCUUACCCAAUUCAAAUUUUGAUCCUAAGGCAGUGAGGUGAGAUGCAGUGUUCUUUUCCAAAGAGGGAGAUUAUUUUUUUUGCUGAAUUGAAACUGGGAUAGUGCAUAAAGGAAUGGGUGUACAAAAAAAGUCUAAGUGACUUCUGACAGACUGUUAGAUUCUCUUUUCAAACUGUAUGCUCUCUCUAGGAGAAACAGUGGAGAAUUUGAUGUUGGAUCAAACUUCACUUGAUAGAGCUUUAUUCCACAUCACUUUCACACAUUUGUGCUACCUAACUUUUAAGAAUUAUAACACAAGUCUAAAAUGAUCUCUCUCUAAAACUUUCCCUACAAGUCAUUACUUUUGAUUAGUUCAAAGAGACUUUUUAAAUUAAUGUACAAAUUACUUCUUAAAAGACUGACCCUCAGUUCUCUUUCCUGAUAGGAAAUAACCAUGUGCCUAUACCUUUUCAAGGAAGACAUCAUGGUCAUGUUUUCUCCAUCUAUCUUGACCCCAGUGCUUGUAUAAAAUAAUUACAUUUGAUAUUGGUGAUUGUAUUUGAAAAUGUUCUGUUUUCUCAAAACAUGUGGAAUAAAUCAGUGUUUUUGAAAAGACCAGACCCAAAUUUGAAGGAGCAUUGAAGGUUAACAGCAUCUUAGCAAAGACUCAGAAGUGGCAUGAAGGAGAUCUAGUUGGUCCAGAAUCUAUAGCUGCAGAUAGCACAGGUAUUUAUAUCAUGUUGAAAUACCCAAAAUUUUCAUACAACUUUAUUCCCAGCUUAAAAAUUGUAAUUUGUUUAUAACAAGGAGUCACUGUCCUUAUUUUUCUAGGUACUUUGUAUGCUGGCUUAGCUGAUGGGAGGAUUGUAAAACUUGAAGGAGAUAAAGUGGUAGAUGUUGUUCGAACGGGCAAGCAGAUGGCAAACUGUGGUAAGUUAGGGUUUGAUGAAUGAAAAAGAAAUUAAUAGAUUUAUGGCCUGCGUAGAGACAGAUAUUAACCAUCUAUUUAUGCUUCGUAGGAUUCUUACAAAUUGCGAGUAUUAGCUAACUGAGUACUGAAGUGUGUUCCAGGCAUUCAGUUAGUAAAAUGAAGUGGGUAGUAAAUGACAUCAUAGUGGAGGAGGGUUGAAAAAAGAGAGAAUUAGUCUGGGUCAGGUUGACCCAAAGCAAACCUCCCUUAUUUUGAAUAAAGGGGUUAACUUUCUUAAGAAACUGUGGUGCUAUGACAGUGGGAGAGUAUAACAGGGUAAUUUAAGUAUCAUCAACUGAGUUAAUAAUGUAAAUUGGCCAACGCAAGGGUUUUAAAGCUGACAUUUUGAGCAUUAGCCCUUUGUCAGAGGGUUAUCUACACAGUUAAUUAUACUUAAUCUUCCUUUUUAUACUCUGCUGCUACUACCCCUCCUUUCAUAUCUUGUAAACUUAUUUUUGUUUACUGUGUUUUAUUAAAUGAAUGCCUGAAACUGGCUAUGAGCAUUGUUUCCUGCUGUCCUCUCCAUAACCCAAUUAACCCGCUGGUUACAAAUUGCUUGAGAAUGGUUGUAUUUGGGCCUCUCUAAUACAGAUUUUCAAAGGUUCAGGUAUGCCUUUGUGGAUAGACUUUCCCUACAAAAACCUCCUUCCAGGAUUAUAAAAGAAUUGUACCCAACAAAAACUUUUCUCAGAAAAUUAUUAUAGCAAAUGAGUGUGUUGGAUAUUCAGUGGUGUAUUUGGGGGAAGGGACUGGGAAGGAGCAAAUUCCACCCCCAUCACACCCAUGGGUUUUUUUGCUUCUUGUCUGACACCAUAAUUCUUGCAACACAGGAUCACAUAUUACUUCUGAAUAUCAUGUAAUUGUAAGAUUGACUUUUCUUGAAAUAUAUUUCAUCAUGAAUGUAUUUAACUUCCUAAGACUUUGGUGUGAAGAGAAAAUUCUGUGUUUUCUGAAUCAAAUUUUUGACCCCCUUCCCUCCAUCAAAAAUUCCUGGUUCCAUACUUGGUACCACAGAACAAAUACCUAUUUCUUACACAGGGACACCAGAAGCUGAGCCCACCUGUGGACGUCCCUUGGGAAUGCGCUUUGACAAAUACGGAAUCAACCUGAUUGUGGCUGAUGCUUAUCUAGGCUUGUUAGAAGUCAACCCAAAGGCCAGGACAGUCAGCACCCUUGUACCUCCCUCUCCUGGGAUGAAUAAUAGGCCCUUUAGAUUUGUGAAUGAUCUUGACAUUGCACGAGACAGAACCAUCUACUUUACUGAUUCAAGCAGCAAGUGGCAGAGACGUCAGCUGCACUACUCUAUACUAGAAGGAGAUAACACUGGAAGGCUUAUGGCAUACCAUCCUAAGACAGGAGAAAUGGAGGUUCUUAUGGAUGGACUUCAUUUUGCCAAUGGUGUUCAGAUUUCUCCUGACGGAGACCAUGUGUUGGUAGCAGAAACAGGAGCGUUAAGAAUAAUGAAGUAGGAAGAUGUGAUUUUUAAGUUUUUAUCUAGCUUUAUAAAUCUCUUUGAGCAUUCUUCUACAUGAUGAACAACCGUCCCUCAGUUCUUACUCAUGAAGACAGUCUUUUCUGUUUAAAUUCCUGGUUAGCUACAGUUUGACUGCAUUGUAGGAAGUUGAGGGUUUGGGCCAAAGACUGGGCCAAUACUCAGGGUCUUAUAAUAGACUGUGCUGCCUUUGCUAUGACAUUUGCCAAUGGUUAGCAAUUCUACUCAUAGGUCUACUAAGAGUAGCGAUUCUUCUCUUAGGUCUAAACCUUAGGUCUUGUCUUCAGCAUCUUAUUACUGAUCAGCAGGGGACAUUACAAAACCCACACUCUUCUUGCAAAGAGUGAAGAAUGUAGCUCUUGUUGUUGUGGUCUGGCCUUGUUUCCUAGAAUUCCUAAUUGGAGUUAUCUGCUAAAUUUCUUUCAAAAAAUAUAAGCUGUAUAAUGCAGUCUGGCCAGAGUCUCCUGCAAAGUGUUUUAAAGCACAUCAGAGCGUAUUGAUAUAGAUAAUGUAUUUUGUAAAUGCAUCAUUAUCAUUAUCUUUAUAAUUAGAACCCAGCUCUUCUCUCUUUCUAAUAUGUUUAUUCAGUUCUUAGGUUCCAAGGAUGUAUGUUACUAAGGAGUCAACAUGACAAAUCAUAUGCUGCCUUACUGUUAGUGGCAGAUUUUAAUUUAUUCAAUAAUGUUAGACACCCAUAUUUACUAACAAUUGUUUCAGGUUUGACUUUGAACUUUCGCAUUCCCAUGCUGUUGGAAAGUGUAGUGAAUUGUAUGGAGAAAUUUGGAAUUAGUUAAGAUUAUAUCUGGAUUAUUUUCAGGUAUUACAUCAAAGGGGAACACGAAGGCAAGUCAGAAGUUUUUGCCCAGAACCUUCCUGGAUUUCCAGACAAUAUUCGGUUAAGUAGCAAAGGAGGAUACUGGGUUGGUAUAGCAACUGUGCGUACUGACUUCUUUGACUUGUUUCAACUGUAUCCAAGGGCAAAGAGCUUUACAGCAAAGGUAGGAAUGAGUUGUGUGGAGUGAUUGGAAAAGUUGUUAAUUUUGGAUUUAACUGGUUAAGCUUUUCUUACAAGAACAAUGCUAACAAAUUCAAAAAACAGAAUUUAGCCAAGAAACUUUCCUGGUGGAGAAUUUAGGUUAUCAACUCAGUAAUUUGUUGAAAGAUGUGUAUUUGUUUGAUCUAGUCUCUUUUUUUAUUUUUAUUUUUUUUCAUAUUUUCUAUACUCCUUCAAUCAAAUUUCAGAAUUUUGGACACUAGUGUCCAGCGCCUAAAUUUAGACACCAGUGUCCCAUUCUAGGCACUAGUGUCCAACUUUGGACACCAGUGUCCAUUUUGGGCAAAUGUAACACAAAUGUCUGAUUUAAGACACUGAUAUCUGAGUUUGGACAGACUAUUGUCCAAAUUCUGGGUCCAAUCUUGGGCAUUAGUGUCUGAUUUUGGAUUGUAGUUUUCUAUUUUUGGACUUAAGCAACGUAUUUUGGGCACCAGUGUCCGUUAGAGGGCUCAAAUGUCCAAGUUCUGUCAACUAUAAGUAACGAGGGUUGUUACUUGAUUAGCUUUGAAAUUUUGUCUUACUCUGAAAUUUUAGGUUUUCUCCUUACCAUGGCUAAUUGGCAAAACAUCCCGCAACUAUGGUCUCCUCCUGGAGCUGGAUGAAAAUGGUCAUAUUACCCGAAGCUUCCAUGAUCCAACUGGCAGUGUUAUACCUGGUUCCCUCAGUGAGGUUCAUGAUGAUGGGGAUGUGCUCUUCUUUGGAAGUUUCAGGUCUCCGUUUGUCGGUCGGCUGGAGCUAAAGGACUGACUUAGGAAUAGAUGUUAGGGUUUCUUGGUUCUUGAAAGAAAAACUGCUGGCUCUCGCAAUUUAUGUUUUCAUUAUAAAAGAUUUUAUUUUUGUACAAAUUUAAACGCAUGCACGUAGAUCACAUUGCAAGAGAGAAAGGCUAUCUCGAAUGAAGUUAUCUCUGUUGUAUUAGUUGCAGUUCUGAUGAAGUAAAAUAUUUUAGUUUUUGUUUCUUGGUGUCUUUCAUGGAGAUAAAAUCAUCAAGGGAAUUUUUUCCAGUAAGAAGGUUGGAGAGAGGAAAAAAACUUCAAACUACACUUCUUCAAACUUCAAACCAGCGGCAUCUAGAUUCUGUGGCUUAUCAUUGCUACUAGACACAGUACAGUGUUGAUAAUUGAAGUGCGGACGUCUUGUAUUCUGCAGCAUACACCUUUCUUGAUAUCUGACGGGCUAUACCCAGCAACUAAACUACUCGCUACAUCUAGUUACAAGCUCGGCUUUUAUAGGUACGGUUGAGGAUCUGGAACGUUCCGUAACAUUAAAACAGGUUCUAUUGAUAUAUAAAUUUGGGGAUGACUCAGCAUAACACAGCUACUUCUAGAACAUUCUUUAAGGUCACACUACAAUAAUAUAGAGACAGAAAGUGUUGAAGGACAUUUGUAAUCUUUGAAAUGCAACUAGCGGUAUUUUGGCAAAUUUGACGCUGCGCUUCUGCUGUAAAAACUAAGAUAAUACGAGUGCCCUGAUUGGUUAAAAAAAAAUUCCGUUUUGCACCGGUAAAUUUAAAGUUUAUUUUUAAAACCAGUGAGCCGCACUUGUUAUUGGUCUACCAGCAUAAUAACCAGUUGAAAUGUUGUGAGGACUCGAGAAAGGUUUGUAAUUCCCUCGCCUCUGGCCUGUGUUUUACAGACUUUUCUUCUCUUUUCUGGAGUUCUGCCAACAUCUUUCGUGGGUUAGUAUGUCGAUUAACUGAUAGAAAGUGUUUUCCAUUGCUUAAAUAAACCGCACUUGAACAACCUUUAACGGAAUACGGUUAAUCCCUGAUUUACGCCGCAUGGGCAUGGACCUCGAAGGGUGCGGUUUGUAAACCG